UGCACUCCAGUCGCCUUCACACCUUCACAGUCAUGGACCGGAGAAAACCCUGAGAUUACAGCAACACCCCCAAAGGAGCCAGGCCCGCGAAGCCCUGCGCUUUGCUUCUGGGAAGUGGACAGAAGAAUCACUGUGAUGCAGAACCUGAAAGCAGACCCAGAGGAGCUUUUUACAAAACUAGAGAAGAUUGGAAAGGGCUCUUUUGGUGAGGUGUUCAAAGGCAUUGACAAUCGGACUCAGAAAGUGGUUGCCAUAAAAAUCAUUGAUCUGGAAGAAGCUGAAGAUGAGAUAGAGGACAUUCAACAAGAAAUCACAGUGCUGAGUCAGUGUGACAGUCCAUACGUAACCAAAUAUUAUGGAUCCUAUCUGAAGGAUACGAAAUUGUGGAUAAUAAUGGAGUAUCUUGGUGGUGGCUCCGCACUGGAUCUGUUAGAGCCUGGCCCUUUAGAUGAAACUCAGAUUGCUACUAUAUUGAGAGAAAUCCUGAAGGGACUUGAUUAUCUGCAUUCAGAGAAGAAGAUCCAUAGAGAUAUUAAAGCGGCCAAUGUUCUGCUGUCUGAACACGGAGAGGUGAAGCUGGCCGACUUUGGAGUGGCCGGCCAGCUCACGGACACCCAGAUAAAGAGGAACACCUUCGUAGGCACCCCAUUCUGGAUGGCACCCGAGGUCAUCAAACAGUCGGCCUACGACUCGAAGGCAGAUAUCUGGUCCCUGGGCAUCACAGCUAUAGAACUGGCCAGAGGGGAGCCGCCCCAUUCCGAGCUGCAUCCCAUGAAGGUUCUGUUCCUCAUUCCAAAGAACAACCCCCCGACGCUGGAAGGAAACUACAGCAAGCCCCUCAAGGAGUUCGUGGAGGCCUGUCUGAACAAGGAGCCGAGCUUUAGACCCACGGCGAAGGAGUUGCUGAAGCACAAGUUUAUAAUUCGCAAUGCAAAGAAGACGUCCUACCUGACCGAGCUCAUCGACAGGUACAAGAGGUGGAAGGCCGAGCAGAGCCACGACGACUCCAGCUCCGACGACUCGGAUACGGAAACAGAUGGCCAGGCGUCGGGAGGCAACGACUCUGGGGACUGGAUCUUCACAAUCCGGGAGAAGGACCCCAAGAAUCUGGAGAACGGAGCUCUUCAGCCCUCAGAGUUGGAGAGGAGUAAGAUGAAAGACAUCCCAAAGAGGCCUUUCUCUCAGUGUUUAUCGACAAUUAUUUCUCCUCUGUUUGCAGAGCUGAAGGAGAAGAGCCAGGCGUGCGGGGGGAACCUGGGGUCCAUAGAAGAGCUGCGUGGCGCCAUCUACCUGGCGGAAGAGGCCUGCCCCGGCAUCUCCGACACCAUGGUGGCCCAGCUUGUGCAGCGGCUGCAGAGAUAUUCUCUGAGUGGUGGAGGAAUGUCAUCCCACUGAAAUUCCUUUGGCAUUUGGGGUCUUGUUUUUCCUGUUUUUUUCUUCAUCCUCCUCCUUCUUAAAAGUCAAACGAGAGCUUUUGCCGACUGCCGAAGAGGCGCCAGCGAGGGGGCGGCGUGCCUGGGACAGGACCGCACCCGUCCUCACACACUGGAGCCACACGAAGCCUCUCACGGGGGUGGGGAGGGUCAGCUCCUUCAAGUGUUUGUUUUAUUUUUUUUAUUGUUUUAAAAAUUUUAACCAUAGUGCACAUAUUCAAGGAAAAUAUCUUUAAAAACAAAAACCAACCCUGAAAUGUAUAUUUGGGAUUCUGAUCAGGCAACUGAAGACGUGAAACCUCAGGUAUCCUGCUUUACGUGGCUCGCUCCCCGGGGACGGAGGCGCGCCCUGCAGAUGGGUGUACAGAGUUGUAUAUAGUGCCGUUCUCACAGAACCCUCUGGGUGCGCAGGAAUCACUGCGCACACGCUGGCCAAGUGCUUCUGUACAUAACGUCGGUGGAGUAAAUAUUCGACAGGCCGUAACUCGAGUCUAUCGCCUUGCCUUGCCUUUAUUACAUGUAAAUUUUGAGUUCUGUGACCAGUGAUUUGGGUUUUGUUUUGUAUUUGCAGGGUUUGCCAUUAAUAAUAAUUAACGCCCCUCUUACAGAACACUCUUCUUUGUACCUCGACAGAUGCAAAUUUUUCUCGUUUGCCCUACACUCUUUUGGUACACAUAGAAGUUGAUUUCCUUUUUCAUCGAUGGUACUAUUUCUUAGUGUUUAAAUUGGAUCAUCUGUCGCCUCACAAAGCUUUAAAUUAUUAUUGUAAGUUUCUCCCAGAUGAAGUGCUCUCGUCUCACCUUUGUUUGGACUCGUGCCACUGCCCGUCUGCACCCGAUGUCUCAUCCUCUCCAACACGAUUUUCUGUUGCACCUUGUAGCAGAAUCUGCAUAUCAUCUUGCCCACCUAGAAGUGUCUGGAUGCUUACACGAAUAAAUUUUAUAACACUUA